UGUUUAGUCAGACUAUUUAACACAACACUUGAUUUCCAAGAUGAGUCGCGAAGUUUUAGCGCCUCCAUUAAUGCGUAUGGGUCCAAAUCGUUGUUACCGUGUUAAUGUAAUACAUGAGGACUUUAGUAGCCAGUAUGGAGCUGCUAUGGGAGCUCAACAACAGGGUCAGGCAACUGGUAAAACCUAUGCCGAGGAAGAUCUAUAUGGCGAAGAUUACAAUGAUGAAUUGGAUGCUGAGGUAGAUUCUCAAAUCGAAGAAACCAACAAUGGCAUGUUCAAACUUCCCAUGCAUGUGGCCUCAUCCUUCUAUGGUGGUAUUAUUGGGCAUAAAGGAUCAACAAAACGGCGCAUUGAAUCGGAAGCACAAUGUGACAUAACGAUACCUCAAAGAAAUACAACACAGAAGAAUGCAAAUUCUAAAAUUAUUAUCAAAGCAAAAACACGAAAUAACGUAUUGUCAGCUAGACGCAAAAUUCUAUUACUGUUGACCUCAUUGCGCAAAAGAAUGGCACCCACCCAUUUCUAUGGAGUUGCUUUGAAUUUUGGAGAAGUAAAAGAGAAAUUCAUAGAUUUAAGGAAACAAAUUAUGGCCGCCGAAAUACCCGGCAUUGAAGAGUCCAUAUUUCAAAGUGACAACUGUAUUCAUCUUACUUUUGGCACCUGUGUUUUAAUGGAUGAUGUUGAGAGAACAAAGGCUGUAGAGUUAUUACAAAGUUGCCGUGAAUUUCUAAACGAUUUAAAACCUCCGUUUACUGUGCGUGUUUCGGGUUUGGAAAUUAUGAAUGAUGAUCCCAGUUCUGUGCGUGUUUUAUAUGCCUUAGUGGAGUCAGCUGAACUUCAAGUAUUCGCUGAUCGAUGUUUCAAACGAUUCAAUCAAAGUGGCCUCGGCUUUGAUGAUUUUGAUCGCGGCAAUGUCAAGCUGCACAUGACUGUUAUGAAUAAUCGUUAUCGCCAUUCAGAUGCUAAAAGUUUCGAUGCACGUGAAAUAUUGAAACGUUGGAGCAAUUUUAAUUUUGGCACUGUUGAAUGCAAUGAACUGUUGUUGUGUGUCAUUGGCGGUUCGUCGAAGGAUGCAAGUGUUUUUUAUAAAAUCAGCGAUUCAUUAAAAUUUUGAAUUGAAUUUCGUUUGCUGCCUUUUUUUUUUGAUUUUAUAAUAAAUUUAUAGUUGGUGUCCGGCUGCAGCAACUAGUCCUCAUUAAUUCCAUAUCCUUAGAAUUAAUUCUUAAGAUUAAACCCCAUUUUAACAGUGUGUAGUGUGUAAUAAAUAAUAAAGUUAUACUAAAGUAUAAUAAAAAAAA